GCGCUACGUCACGUCACGCCGGUGAGGCGGCGCGCGGCGCGGCCGUUGAAUGCAGGUUAACGGUUGUUGCGGGGAGCGGGAGCGGCCCGCCUCAGCCGCAGGGUGGGCGCUGCGCCGCCGCCGCCGCCCUGUGCCAGCCGCGGGCCCCGGCCUGCCGGCCGUCUCCCUUAAAGCGCUCUUUCAGGUUUUUGCUACACUGGAGGUGACGACUGGUGCACCCGUGGCGCCCCGGGGAUGCCCCGCAGUCAUGGUGCCCUCCCUGAAGUGUGAUACUCGCCUUCUCCCGCUUGGCACUGACUGAAUCUGGCAGAAAUUAAGUGCCUUGAUGGCUUCACAUCUAACCAGUAAAGAGAAACCAGCAGUAGAACCUAUGAGGAUGCUUGGAUUUGGAGUACCACUAAAACUUCAGAAUUUAUAAAGGAGAGUGAUUAAAAAUAGCUGAAUUUUUGGGAUUAUCUGCUUAGGAAGAUGCGGCCUGUUUCACAGAAUCCUGUGUUCCUAUCAGUAGGCAGUGGAUCCCAUGAAAUAUGGGAUUGUGCCAAAAUGGAACGAGACUACAUGGGCAAGAUCAACAAUUAUUGUCAAAAGAAUAAAUUAGAAUUCGCAUGGUAUGAUAUCCAGAUGACUGGCCCUUCUCAUGAUCCUGAAUUUACAGUUAUGCUUAAAAUAAAUGAUGAAGAGUAUGGUACAGGCACUGGUAGAACUAAGAAAGAAGCAAAAGCAGCAGCAGCAAGAAAAUCAUGGCAAAUGAUAGAAGAAAAGCAAAGUAGAUCUUCAAAUGUGCAAAAUCAAGAGUUAAUGACCUCUCCAGUGACCUUACUACGUAUGCCAACAGCAGAAGUGCUACCUGCGGUCGACUAUGUCAGCCGGCUAAAUACAUUUUCACAAAAGAAAAUGCAAGUGGUUGAUUAUAAUAUAAGAACAGUUACUGGAGAAGACCGUGCUCUCAGGUUUUUGUGUACUUGUACAGUUAGUGGUCAUGUUUAUGGAAACGGCACUGGAAUUUCUCAAGCUGCUGCAAAACAAGCUGCUGCAAAACAAGCGUAUGAGAAGCUAGAUGAGCAAGGAGAUCUAACAGAGGGAAGGGAAACAUCUAACAUCAGUUCCACAACUAGCAAAUCUACUAAUUCCUAUGGAAUGUCAAAUCUGUCUGACUCAAAGAAUAUGUUACUUCCACCUAAAACCAGUCUAUUAUUUUUCCGUGAUAGUGGUAUUUCUUUUGAAGACUCAUGUGAAAACUUGGUAGAAAACAUGAAAAACAUGGUAACAAGUGAAAAGCCUUUACCUUCUCAGAGAAAUGCUCAAAGGUCUGCUCUGAAAUCCAAAAGAAAACUGGCAGCUAAAUUUGAUAAGGCAAGAAACGAGGAAGAAAGUAUGUCAGAUUCAGAUGAAAGUUCAUCAGAUUUGGACACAAGUGACAGUGAGGAUGGUAAAAAUGCAUACACAGUGGAUAAAAGAUUUCUUAAGGAUUUUAAAAAUAUAGUGCCUAUUGGUGAAGGUGGUUUUGGGAAUGUUUUCAAAGCAACAGCAAAGAUUGUUGAGAAAACCUAUGCAGUCAAACGAGUCCAGCUUACAAAGAAUGUAAAGCGUGAAGUGAAAGAACUUGCAGGACUUGACCAUGAAAAUAUUGUGCGAUAUUACAGUAGUUGGAAAGGGAAGGACUAUGUAACUUAUCCAGACUCAAGGCAGAGGUCAUCCUCAAAACAUAGAUGUCUUUUUAUCCAAAUGGAAUUAUGUGAACAAGGGCCAUUGGAAAACUGGAUUGAAAAUAAUCGAGAAAAACGAAACUAUCAGGAGAUGGCACAAGACAAAUUUUUACAAAUAGUGAAAGGAGUAGAAUAUAUUCAUUCUAAAGGGUUAAUUCAUCGAGACCUCAAGCCUCAGAAUAUAUUCAUAUCAAAUGAAGAUAAAAUAAAAAUAGGUGACUUUGGGCUUGUGACUUCUGAAGCAUACAACCCUCUGACUGAAAACCGAGGAACAAAAUCAUACAUGGCACCAGAACAGUUUGGAGACAGAUAUGGAAAGGAAGUAGACAUUUAUGCACUGGGAUUAAUUUGGUUUGAAAUUCUUUCGGCAUUGGCCAGUUGUCAUGAGAAAAAUAAGGUAUGGAAAGAUGUUAAAGAAGGUACCUUUCCAGAGAGCUUCACAGAGAAGUUUGCAACAGAGGCACCCAUGAUCAAAAAGAUGCUUUCAAGAGACCAGCAAAGACGACCUUCUGCAUCUCAAAUACUUCUAUUUCUUAAGUCUGUUGAAAAAGACAAUUCCCUUAAAGCUCAUACUUACUAAAUGCCAUUUUAAAAGACUUUCAUACUUGCUUAGAUCCAUGUCUUUUGAAACUGGUGAAAUAGUAUAUCAGAAACAACAGCAAGACUUAAGUCUUCUCCUUGGUGUUUAGUUGUCUUGCCAUUUAUCAUAGGUUGAGGAGCUUAUUGGCUGAAAUAGUCACCUCACCAUUCAUUCCCAUCAGCUGCAAAUCAGGACGUUCCCCCCAGUGCACUUCUGUAAACAUCUGCUUGUUUUGGUUUUUUUUUUUCAGCUGGAGCCACAGAUUAUGGAUGAGCUGAACUAGAUUGUUUAAUAUGUAAAGGAACCUAGUCCUUGGCUCCUAGAAGAUCAAGCUGAUGUAGUGCUAACUGAUCUGUGACAACUGCCUGUAUGCAUGCUCUUAACGCAUGCUGCAUCCAUUAUGAGUUGAGGUCACCUAUUGCUUUGUGUGGAAGUGCUGUCUUAUGGCAUGUGAAUCAAAAUAUUUUGAUUUGUUUAUGGUGAUCUUAUUACAACUACCAGAAUGCUCCCUUUAAGACCACAGGAGGUAAUGUGCUGAACUGGAAGGAAAGACUAAUUUUUUUUUUUUAAGCUGGAAGUAGGUGUGGGUUAUUUUUUAAUUAAUUAAAGUUUUUAAGGAAUGAACUUUCUUUUCUCUGACCAACUGUCCAACACCUAGCACCUUCAGUGUUCUGGAAUUUAAAGAUAUUUAUGCUUUUAAAGUAAGUAUCCAAGUGUCCAAAGUGCUUCAGGUGACCUUGCUUGAGCAGGGGGGGCUGGACUGGAGGAUCUCCAGAGGUCACUUCCAACCUCAACCAUUCUGUGAAGUGUUCCUUGAGAAUUUAGAUGCUGAACAUCCAGUUCUUAGGAAAUCUCGUUUGGGGAGAUCUGUUCUGAACUUCUGAAUACUGAGAGUUUUAUUUCUUAUUUAUUUUUUCUGAAAGGAACACAUAGGGUGCUCUAAAAUAUAGAAACUCUUCCUAGAGUUUUCUCAGUAUUAAGCAUUUAAAAUCCUUUCUGAAGAGAGCAUCUUAAAUAUAUGUGCUGCUAGUUUUUAUCCUUUUUAAAAUACCAGAGCAUGUCUAACAUGUUCUAACAGGUGUUCUAAACACCUCUGGCUCUUCUCUCAUCCCCCCCAAAAGAUAACAAUGCAGUUUGCCUGUUACUCUUUAGUUACAGGCUUCAGAGUUCUGAUCUGGCUGAAUAAGAAGAAUUUGGAGGGGGUGGGGGCAGAGCAGGGAGAAAAGAGAGACAAAUUAGCCUUUCAGAUACUUGUCUGAGCUGUAUCUUUUCAAACUAUUCAUAGCUGUGGAGCCCACCUGAUUUCAUAAAAGGCAAAUGAACAGAGAUUUCUAAGCAGGAAACUAGUAACUAUAUGUAGAGCUUAAAAUACUGUAGAGAUUUUUUUUAAUUUAAAAAGUAGGUGUUUGGUUAAAAGGAAUAGAUUUGAAUGCAUAAUCAUUUUUAUACUCUUAAUGAAAUCUACUGCUGAUCUUCUGCAAAUAUUUGUCACUAAAUAAGCACCUGAUGUGCUUUUGUCACAUCUUUCUGUAAGAAGUAAAGUUUCUUUCUUUUCCGUGUAA